CCUCUCUUUCUCUCUCUCUCCUGCACAAAUCUCCCUCUCCUCUUCUCCAUUUUCACCUCCCAAUGGCCGGCCAUCGCGCAUUUCCGAUAAUACGCCGCCUCAUCUCCCCCUGCCGGAUCCAUUCUCGCUUCUCCAACGCCCGAUCCCUCACCUACAUGCCCAGGCCCGGCGACGGAGAUCCGCGCCCGGUCACUCUUAUUCCCGGAGACGGAAUCGGUCCUCUAGUGACUAACGCGGUGGAGCAAGUGAUGGAGGCGAUGCACGCUCCCGUCUACUUCGAGCGCUACGAUGUCCAUGGCUAUAUGAAGGAGGUUCCUAGAGAGGUAAUGGAGUCUAUUUUCAAGAAUAAAGUGUGUUUGAAAGGCGGAUUAAUGACUCCGGUGGGCGGCGGUGUUAGUUCACUCAAUGUGCAACUCAGGAAGGAGCUCGAUUUGUAUGCCUCGCUUGUUAAUUGUUUCAAUUUCCCUGGAUUGCCUACGCGUCAUGAGAAUGUUGAUAUCGUCGUCAUUAGGGAAAAUACUGAAGGUGAGUACUCUGGCCUCGAGCAUGAGGUCGUUCCUGGCGUCGUUGAGAGCCUCAAGGUGAUCUCAAAGUUCUCCUCAGAACGCAUUGCUAAAUAUGCUUUUGAGUAUGCUUAUCUGAACAAUAGAAAGAAAGUGACGGCAGUGCACAAAGCCAACAUUAUGAAACUUGCAGAUGGUUUGUUUUUGGAGUCUUGCAGGGAGGUGGCGUCCCAAUACCCAAGUAUCCAAUACAAUGAGGUUAUUGUUGACAACUGUUGCAUGCAGCUUGUUUCAAAACCUGCGCAAUUUGAUGUAAUGGUGACUCCCAACCUUUAUGGCAAUCUAGUGGCAAACACUGCAGCUGGUAUUGCUGGAGGCACUGGUCUCAUGCCAGGAGGGAAUGUGGGGUGUGAUCAUGCGAUAUUUGAACAAGGAGCUUCAGCAGGGAAUGUGGGGAAUGAGAAAAUAGUGGAAGGGAAGAAGGCAAACCCAGUUGCUUUGCUGCUUUCAUCGGCAAUGAUGCUGAGGCACCUUCAAUUUCCUUCAUUCGCUGAUAGACUUGAGAAUGCUGUUAAACGUGUGAUACUUGAGCAGAAGUGUAGGACUAAGGAUCUUGGUGGAGACUCCACUACUCAAGACGUUGUUGAUGCUGUUAUUGCCUUUUUGGAUUGAUUCUCUCCUUAACCUCACUCACACACCUUUCAACCAGGUUCUAUUCUAUUUAUUUCAUUCAUUUUAUUUAACUAUAUCAUUUCUUUUUUUAUUUUUAAAAAACCUUGUCAAAUAAUGGAGGUUUUAAUUGAAGUUUUAGGGUGAGAUUAGU